CCUUACAAGAAUUUUCUCUCUUUCUAUCUUGUAAUUUUUCAUCUUCUUCUUCAUAUUCCUCAUUCUAUUUUUUUUUUCGCCUUAAUCUGCAUAUUCAUUUUGUAAACUUUUUCGUCUCAAUAGCAACAGCAUAACCAAUGGCUUACUUGAACUUUUUCAAAAAGGAGAAGAUAGUUGACGAAAGUGAAGAAGUAGAAUAUACACUUGACGGAACAGUAGAUCGACAUGGUAAUCGGGCAAUACGUACUAAAACUGGACGAUGGGGGCCUGGGAUUCUUAUUCUUGUGAAUCAAGGGCUAGCUACACUGGCAUUUUUCGGCGUGGGAGUAAACUUGGUGUUAUUUUUGACAAGAGUGGUAGGCCUAAAUAAUGCGGAUGCAGCUAAUAAUGUUAGCAAAUGGACUGGAACUGUUUAUUUAUUUUCCCUAGUUGGUGCCUUCCUUAGUGAUUCCUACUGGGGUAGAUACAAAACAUGCGCCAUUUUUCAAGCAAUUUUUGUACUUGGUUUGGCAUUGUUGUCACUGUCAUCAUACCUAUUCUUGCUCAAUCCUAAAGGGUGUGGUGAUGAACAAAUUCCAUGCACCUCCCACUCUGGCUUUCAUGUAGUACUCUUCUACAUCUCAUUAUACAUGGUGGCCCUUGGCAAUGGAGGAUAUCAACCAAAUAUCGCGACAUUUGGAGCUGAUCAAUUUGAUGAAGAACAUCCUAAGGAAGGGAGAUCCAAAAUCUCCUUCUUUAGUUACUUUUACUUGGCCUUCAACUUAGGAUCACUUUUUUCCAACACCUUAUUGGCCUACUAUGAAAAUGCUGGGAAGUGGGCAAUCGGUUUUUGUGCAUCUGCUACUACUGCUCUGAUGGCUUUGGCCCUGUUUUUCGGUGGUACGCCUCAUUAUAGGCACUUUAAAUCCCAAGGAAAUCCUGUUGCUAGGUUUUGCAAAGUGUUUGUUGCUGCCAUUAAUAAAUGGAAGGCUCAUGUGCCAUUUGAAGGAGAAGGUUUAUAUGAGUUAGAUGCAAAGACAUACUCUAAAAAUGGAAGGAGACAGAUAUCACACACUGAAGGAUUGACGAUCUUGGAUAAAGCUGCAGUUAUGAAAUACACUCCCGAACGUAUUUCUACUAACAACCAUACAAAGUACAACGAAAGGAACUUGUGUACAGUUACCCAAGUUGAAGAAGUGAAAUGUAUAUUAAGGCUCCUUCCAAUAUGGAUUUGUACUAUUAUGUACUCUGUAGUCUUCACACAAAUGGCUUCACUUUUUGUGGAACAAGGUGCUGCAAUGAAAGCAACCAUUGGAAAUUUCUACAUUCCACCUGCGAGCAUGUCUAUUUUCGACAUCCUUAGUGUUGUAUCCUUCAUUUUCAUCUAUCGUCGUGUUUUGAAUCCCUUUGUCACCAGAUUAAGGAAGAGAGGUCUCACUGAGCUCCAAAGAAUGGGAAUUGGCCUAAUUUUUGCGAUAUUGGCAAUGAUUGCAGCUGGAACUGUAGAAAUUUUCAGGUUAAAAUUCGCGAUAAAUGAUUGCAAGAACUGCAAAAAUGCUAGCUCUCUUAGCAUCUUUUGGCAAAUACCCCAAUACAUGCUUAUUGGAGCAUCUGAGGUUUUCAUGUAUGUUGGUCAAUUAGAAUUUUUCAAUGGACAGGCACCUGAAGGACUAAAGACCUUCGGAAGUGCACUUUGCAUGUUGUCAAUGUCGUUCGGGAACUACUUGAGCAGCAUAAUAGUGACCAUUCUUAUGAAGAUAACCACACAAAACAAUAUGCCCGGAUGGAUCCCAGAAGACCUAAACAAGGGUCAUUUAGAGAGGUUUUUCUUCUUGUUGGCAGGUCUAACUGCAGUAGAUUUUAUGGUCUACUUGUUCUAUGCAAGUUCUUACAAAUACAUUCAAGCUGAAGAGCCAAAAGGAGAAAGUGAUGGUGAAAGCAAUAUAAAUAUCGAUGUCUAAAACAACUUCAAUUUUUUGCAAAUUGAAAGGACUUUCUUAGCCAUGCCACAAAAGAGAUCAUGCACAAUGAAGAACGUAAUGAAAUCUUAGGUUCUUACACGAAAAAUGAGGGUGCAAUAACAUUUUUUUUUACCGUUAUCUAGAUGAAAGAAUGCAGCAGAAAGGCAUUUUUGCUUUUUGAAUUUGCGUAGUCAUAACCUUGAUAGAUGGCUCCUCAAUGAUAUCUUGUACAAAGGACCUCUAUUAUAUAUAGGUUCACAAAUAAAGCUGAAAUUCCAAAUUUAGUUUUGUUUUGUUUACUGUACUCAU